GCCACCCAGGUGCCCCUAAAGGAGGGGCCUCUUUGUUUUGGAGAAAGGACUGUAGAGUUGACACCAGGCAGAAAAAGGCACACAUGUGUGUCUUUUGCUUCUCCCCAGAUCCUGUACUUCACCAAUGGCCAUCUGUAUCCAACUGGUUCUCAGGCAAAGAGGGCCAGCCUGCUUCAGAACCCCCCCACAGGAGGGGUAGCCACCCUGAAACUGACUGAUGUCCACCCCUCGGAUACUGGAACCUACCUCUGCCAAGUUAAUAACCCACCAGAUUUCUACACAAAUGGGUUGGGGCUAAUCAACCUUACUGUGCUGGUGCCUCCCAGUAGUCCCUUGUGCAGUAAGAGUGGUCAGACCUCUGUGGGGGGCUCUGCUGCACUGAAAUGCAGUUCUUCCCAGGGAGCCCCCAGGCCAGUGUACAACUGGGUACGCCUUGGAUCUUCCCCUACACCUUCUCUUGGCAGCAUGGUGCAAGAUGAGGUGUCUGGCCAACUCAUUCUCACCAAUCUCUCCCUGACCUAUUCGGGCACCUACCGCUGUGUGGCCACCAACCAGAUGGGCAGUGCAUCCUGUGAGCUGACCCUCUCUGUGACUGAUCCAUCCAAAGGCCGAGUGGCUGGGGCUCUGAUUGGGGUGCUCCUGGGCGUGCUGUUGUUGUCAGUUGCUGCAUUCUGCCUGAUAAGGUUCCAGAAAGACAGGAGGAAGAGGCCCAAGGAGACAUAUGGGGGCAGUGACAUUCGGGAGGAUGCCAUUGCUCCCGGGAUUUCUGAGCAAACUUCUGUGAGACCAGAUUCUAGCAAAGGGCUCCUGCAGAGACCCCCCUCUUCCAGCAGUGUGACGACCACCAAGUCCAAGCUCCCUAUGGUUGUCUGA